CUGUGUACUUUUGUUUGCACGUGCUUGUGGGAACGUGUCGAACGCAUUCUUUUGCCCUCAGUGAAGCACGAAAUAUUGCAGAGAGGCUGUGAUAAAAUUCAUUACUUGAUUUAAAUUAAUAUAAUAAUGGCUGACGAAGUAAAUCCCAAAGCAUUCCCGCUAGCGGACGCACAACUAACUGCGAAAAUAAUGAAUCUGCUGCAACAGGCGCUUAAUUACAAUCAACUGCGUAAAGGCGCCAAUGAGGCAACCAAAACAUUGAAUCGCGGAUUAGCUGAUAUUAUUGUUCUGGCUGCAGAUGCUGAACCAAUUGAAAUUUUGUUGCAUUUGCCAUUACUUUGCGAGGACAAAAACGUUCCUUACAUAUUUGUGCGUUCGAAGCAGGCCUUGGGUCGCGCUUGUGGCAUUUCACGACCAAUUGUUGCAUGCUCAGUAACGACCAACGAAGGCUCACAGCUGAAAUCGCAAAUUACAACAAUUCAACAGGAAAUUGAAAGAUUGCUGGUUUAAAAUAUUGUGAAAUAUUUGUACUAUACUUUCAACAAUUCUUUUAUAUGCGUAUCCUAACUUUUAAGAUUAAAUUUUUUUAUAUUAAAAAAGUUUGUACAAUAAGAUAAAUGCGUAAAAUAAAUAAUUUCCUGAAGUU